ACCAGGUAAACGGUGGCGAACCACAGCUUCAUCAGUACGAUUCAAAUCUCGCCCCAAAGCAGUCGCACUAGACAGCACCGGUACUUGUCUGUUCCGUGCGCAUAACCCUACCGGACAAGUCGCAUCGUUCGUGAACUGCAGCAUCCGGCAUCGACUUCGUCCCCCCAAACCAGCGCUCGACAACGUGACAAUAUUCCGUGUCACUAAGUGAUGACUUGAGUGCAAUAUUCGGAACCAUUGGCAACAGUUGACCUGAAUAGUUGUGGUACGGUCGAGACUGAUUCUGGCAGUGAAUGUGAAUGUGCACGAACGUCUGUGAUCGCGUAGUGAACCGUACGACAUUAAAGAUCUGCUUGGAACUAGAAGUUUCCCAUUAGCAACAGGAAAAUCCUUGGAGAGAAGAUGGGAACGCAACAAAGAUUGCGUACUUUUGCGUCCUUCGCACUACUGACGUUCCUGGGACUAACGUUGGCGCAGGAUGAUUCGUCGCAGUCUCGACCACUCAACGAUGGUUCGUUCAAGUUCGGUGCCAGGACAAGCUUUUCCUGCAGCGGGCGGGCGGCGGGAUACUAUGCGGAUGUUGAAACUGGCUGCCAGAUUUACCACAUGUGUGACGGACUCGGCCGACAGUUCAGUUACGCCUGUCCCAAUACGACACUGUUCCAGCAGCGGAUGCUCAUCUGUGAUCACUGGUACAUGGUGAACUGCUCCAAGGCGGAAAGCAACUAUGCCGCUAAUCUAUUGAUUGGUCAACGAGAUAAACCAUUUGUGCCGGAGGAAGAGAACGAAAUUCGGACACCGCGACCCGAUCUACUCGAUCGUCCGGACGCAUUAGAUUUCGGUGCACCAUCGCUAAAGAACUUCUUUAAGUCGAGUGCACCUGCACGACAGAAUGCAAUUUUCGAUACGCAAAGUCGUUCACGCUCGUCUAGUUCCACCAUCGUAGGAAAGGCUCAGAGUGAAAAGCGUACUACCACGAGCUCGAACGCCGAGAUCUUCCAGGAAAGUGCUAGCAACCAUGGAUUACCAAUUCACUGGAGUACCCGAUUUGCCGAGGAAGAUUCUAACCCAACGAAUGAAACGCAGCGUAACAAUGGUGCUCGGGAAGAGUCCGGAAUCAAGACGAAACGUGACGAGGAUAAGAACGAAAGUCGAAGAACGAUCGCCAUUACGACUAGCGAACGUCCUGCGGCUACGGUAAGGACGCCUUCACGUCGCUACGAGCCACCAUUCACGCCGACGGAAUAUCAACAACGCACGUCAGUCCAACAGCCAGUACCAACAGCCGAUUCUAAUCUCAACACAAUCCCAACAACGGUCGCACGAGGAUCAUCGUUUGCAAGUGUGUCCACCACGACUGUCGCGACGCCUACCACGACCGUUCGACCACGCAUUCCAAUCACGCAACGUAGCACAGUAAACUCGCCGACAACUUCAAAACCUCCGACAACGACAGCAGCAUCAGCUCGUACGGCGAAACAACCAAUUCUUACCACUCAACAGCUUCCCCAGUCACAAUCAGCACAGUUUCAACCAGUCCCGUCCGGUGGUAACGUGUCCCCAGAUCUGUCCGAUCCGCGCCAAUCUAUUUUGCCACCGAAAUCGAUCCUUUUUAGCCCACCUGCAGCAACGGCCGGAUUGUUUGAGAACCGUUUCGCUAAUCAACGACCUGUGCCAGCUCCAGCCGGAAUAGCCGUACCUUCGCGGGAGCUUCUACCACCGUACGAGAAUUUGGCUAACUUCGAUCAAAUUAAAACACGCUAUACCAGCGAAUCGAUCUAUACGCGUCAACCCAUCACGAACGAACCUUCAGCAGGUCCAGUAAAGACCGCCAUCGAUAAGCUGGCCAUAGCUGAUCCCCUUCCAGCCGCCAGACCAACCGUCGUAAGUCAAGAUAAAAUUCCACGUCCGUUCAGUGUGCCGAAGCCUGCCAACGAUCUUGUACCACCGCACAAAGAGUACGUGUUCUACGACGAUGCGACCACCCAAGGUCCUCCGAUAUACUACCAGUGGAAGUGGUCCGUACCAUCGUUUGGUUUGGAUCCACCCGGUCUCGAACCGCCCGGUGCACCAGCUGCAGGACCGGAAGGUAGUCUCGAUACACUCUUGCCACCGGUGAGCACCCGAAAGGUGGACGAUGCACCACCAACAGAUGAUCGAUUGAUCGCACAGCUAAACCCGGCCUCACAGGAACACCACGGACACGAUGGUGGACAGGGUCGUGAACACAACCAGACGGCACGCUCCAUUUCUUCCGAAACGGGCAAUCUGGGUGAAAAUCGGGUAGAGGUGGAAAGCAAACUAGUACUACAGCUACCCCAGCACAACUACAAUCAGCUCCGGCAGCAGUUUUCCAUUCCGGACUUUACCUUCCCGUUGGACGGUGCAGCUAAGGGAGGCCAGUACGCAAACGCGGAAGCUGUUGAUUCGUUCCAAGUGAAAAUCCCAAGCGAUGCGGUGUCACGCGGGAGUUCAUCUGGCGUUACUACCCGCGCGUGGUACGGAGAAAAUGCACGAUGUCCCGAGUGUCAUCCGGGAUUCUUACGGCCGGGUAGUUGCGAACCGUGUGUAAAAAUUCGUCGAUGAAAGUGAGGUUCAUUUCACAUAUCCAAUGCAUUUGAGUACAUCGUCCAUUCAUCCACACCCCUAUCAACGUCAUCAUUCAUUUGAAGCACCUCCGUCAGGGCAUGUUUCCUUGCUUUCAUUCAAAAUGUGUGGUUCCUGUGCGUGGAAUCGUCGGUGCGCGUUUGCUGUAAAUACACAAUCCUUUUUUUAUAUAAAGAAUGCAUGUCUAAUAUGUCGAUUUCAUGUGCGGCAUAACGUAUGUUUAAAUAAAGAGUAAAAGUAA